AAUGUCCUAUCCCUUUGGUAAUUAAUUUUCAGCAGGGAUGCCUAAUGCCAAAUACAAAACAUCACUUUGUAGACAUUAUUAAGGUAUUAUUAUUAUUAUUUAGAUUAUUAGCUACAAGGUAAUGUGCAAUUGGAGCUAAAUGUCAAUUUGCUCAUGGAUAAGAAGAAAUGAGAUCUAUUAAUGGUAUUUAUUAAUGUUAAAGUAAAUAAGAUCCCAUUCCUUCUGCCCUUAUUGCAGUUUUAACAGUCCCUCCACCUUAUUAGGAAAUUAUGAAACCAAUGAUGCCUUAGUAACCUGCUUUCAAAAGUAUAAAAUAACUUUGAGGUUAGUCCCAUGUAAAUAUCAUGCUUAAAAUUAUUGUAAAAAUGGAUAAAAUUGCCAAUAUUCUCAUGGUACUCAAAUUUAAUAUAAUGAGAUGUCGAUAUUUAACAACCCAUGAUUCCAAAUAUAAUUAAUCCUUAUUAACCAUAAUACCCUUAAGUAGAUAUGAGAUAGGAAAUAAAACAGGAAGAUCCAAUGACUACUGUAUUUAUCAUUAUAUUAUAAACCUUGGAAUAAAUAUUUUCGAAAGAUGUUAAUUAUUAUAAAAUAUUUAAGGAUAUCAUAUAAAAAUUAAAAAUUGCAUAAGAUCAAGUGAAAUGUGGUAAUUUGACAGUUGGUUCAGAAUGCAUUAAACUCAUUAUGACAGAUCCAGAAAGAACCGAUGAUGAGAUAGAAUAGUAUACUACUAUAUAUAAUAAUGCAUGUUAUUAUUAUCAUCAAUUGUAAUAAGGUUGA